AUGAUCAAACAAGAUGGACUGGAAUGGGUGGCGGAGACAUUUGGUCUCGAGCCACGUUGGUCAUCUGAGCCGGAUAUCGCCAAAGUCGAAUCAAUCUCUCGAAAGCACCUCAAUCUCAAAGAAAAUGAUUUUUGCCAUCUUAGCUUUUAUGCUCAAGGUGCUUUCAAUAAACUAUACAAAGUCGAGAUUGAAGAUGGAUGCUUCUUAGUUCGUGUCACAUUGCCUGUCGACCCCUCCAAUAAAACAAACAGUGAGGUAGCAACUAUCAACUUCAUUCGCCAAACUACAGAUAUCCCAGUACCACAGAUCCUUGCAUUUGAUGAUAGUAACGACGAGGGUACCAUCACCGGAAUCAUCGACUGGGAGUGCGUCUCCACACUCCCACUCUGGAAAUCCUGCGACUUUCCAGAAUUCCUUAAAGGAAAGGAGAGAAACGAGGAGCCGAACAGAAACAACUACGCUCCGGAAGACGAGGAAGACGCCAAUGAACCUGCAGCAGAUGCACUUGAUAAUGAAGGAACUAACGAUCUCUUUUGGGAGCACCUUUUAGAAUACGAAUCGACCAUGCUCCGCACACUUUUCCUAGACGAAAUGCAGAAAAUUGCACCAGAAUGGAUCGAAGAGUCUACGAAAGGGGCUGGGAAAGCGGAUUUUGAAAUAGCGGUGCAGCAUUGUGAUGGUGGGUGGUCUGUGAAGCGGCUUACGGCGUGGCUUGAUGCAAUUGAGAAGGGGGAGAAUUGGAGUUUGAGAAGGAAUCUUUAUGGCAACCAAAAUACCCAAUGUGACUAUGGGUAUCAAAAAGCGUGUUCAGAUUAUAUUCGAAGAAAUGGAAAUCUUUAUGGUUAUGGUGAAAGAAGAAAUAUCGCGCUUGGAGUAAUAGAAUGUAUGGCUUGCUCAGAGAGUAAGGUGUAG